AUGUCUGCCCCAGUCACCCUACGCAGCUUCAGCGGCGAAACAGACGACGAUGUCCAGCCAGGCGAGUUUCUGAAGACCUUCCGCCGCUUCACAACGUCCGCCUGCAUCACGGACGACGACCUCAUCAUCACAUCCUUCGGAGACCACCUCAAGUACGGGUCCCCUGCAGACGACUGGUUCGCAGAGCUAACCAGCACGAAGCAGACGUGGAAAGAGGUAGAAACAGCGUUUUUGCAACGCUUUCCGCCCGUCGAGAAGGCUAAAAGGACGGAAACCGAGUUAGAGAGGGAGUUGUGUGAAUUAAGGUUGAAGACAGAGGAUUUGGGGAAGAAGGAGAAAUACGCAGGCGAAGAAGUCUACACCCACGUCAUAUUCGCAGAAAAGGCUCUCAGCCUUGCAAAACAAGCCAAGAUCAGCACGGGGUCGAAUUCGAUCUGGAAGGUCAGAGACGAGCUACCCGACAUUAUACGCCAGAAGGUCAAGGAAACGUACCCAACCUGGACCGAAUUUUGUGCAGCGAUCAAAAGGGUAGAAAUGGCUCAUAUACGAGAUGGGGUGAAGAAGUACCAGAAGGAGAAGGAGGAGAAGGAGAAAACGGAGGCGGCUAUAGCAAGCCUACAACGCUUACACCUGCAGGGACAACGUCGCCUCCCAGCCGCACCCACAUCCUCAGUAUCAAACGUCAGUCAAACCCAGCAGUCAUCAACCUUGGGAGGUCAACGUAACAACACGCCACAAUCCAAUUCAACCAACACGAAUGCAUACAUGGGCCCGUCAAGUGGCCAAGGCAACCUGCCCCGCCCAGCUCCCUCGCCAAUCACUGAAGCUGAUCGAAGCGCGUUAAUCCGCAGCUUGGCCCUCUACCCCAUGCAACCCAACACCGAAGCAGGCAUCGCAGCGUGGCACGCCCAACUCAGGGAAUGGAAGGCGAAGAAUGGCGAAACUGCUGAGGUUACAGUAAACACGGGGUUUCCACUACAACCAGGGGGUGAGGCCCCUGGUUCAGGGGAGUGCUACAGAUGCGGAAGGGGAGGACAUCGCCGCAUCGACAUGCGCUGCACGACUGACCAAAUCAACAACAAGGAGCGCACGUUCCGCACGAUAUGUGGCCGCAUCCUUCGAGCUGCGCCUACCUCUCGAGUCAACUUCGUCAGUGAUGCAGACGAUGAAUUCAGCUGGCUCAACCAUCAAGCCUUCAGACCCACGCCGAGCCCGGGAAAUGGAGAAGGGCCGCCUGCAUAG